AUGACGACGCAGCAUACACGGAGGCCUAAGGAGCCUCCACGCUCUGAGAUGUCUAUCGGGCGCUACACACGACUAGAUGAGAUUGGUCGAGGGAGCUUCGCGACAGUCUACCAGGGUGUUCAUACGAAAUCCCGUGCUUUUGUCGCUAUCAAGUCAGUAAACCUCUCCAAGCUCAAUAAAAAAUUGAAGGAAAACCUUUCCUCCGAAAUCGAUAUCCUCAAGGGUCUCCACCAUCCUCAUAUCGUCGCUCUCAUCGACUGCCAUGAGUCAACAUCAAACAUUCAUCUGGUUAUGGAGUACUGUGCUCUCGGCGACUUGUCAUUCUUUAUCAAGCGUCGAGAGAGCCUGGCCACACAUCGCUUUACCAAAGACAUGAUUGCAAAAUACCCUAACCCAACCGGUGGUGCCCUGAAUGAAGUUGUUGUUCGACAUUUCCUCAAGCAACUUUCUAGUGCAUUGAAGUUCCUUCGGGAUCGAAAUCUCAUACACCGGGAUAUCAAACCUCAGAAUCUUUUACUUUGCCCGCCGGCUACCUCUUAUCGGAGCGGGACACCUCCAGUGAUUCCAUACAAGGGCAGCGACAAUUCAUAUGAACCGGUCACUGGCAUAAUGUCGUUGCCGAUGCUCAAGAUAGCAGAUUUUGGCUUUGCUCGAUCCCUCCCAGCCACCUCGCUGGCAGAAACAUUGUGUGGCUCCCCACUUUACAUGGCCCCUGAGAUACUUCGAUACGAAAAGUAUGAUGCCAAGGCUGACCUGUGGUCAGUUGGCACCGUGCUAUAUGAGAUGGUCGUGGGACGACCUCCAUUCCGUGCUUCCAACCAUGUGGAACUUCUGCGGAAAAUCGAGAAGGGCGAGGAUCGAAUUCGAUUUCCCGACGAGAAUCCUGCUUCUGAAGACAUCAAGAAGCUGAUUCGUGGUCUUUUGAAGCGAAACCCCGUGGAAAGACUGAAUUUCCCGGAGUUCUUCAGCAAUAAUGUCAUCACAGAGCAGAUUCCUGGGUUGGUGGCUGACGAUAUACCUCAACCAGCUAGGCGGCUUUCUGCAGACCUUGCUCGCGGUCAUACUCCUUACCAAACGGAGUCUCGAUCGUCGCAGCCUGCGUCACUGGAUUCCCGGGGUAGCAACUCCCCUCGUCUGCCAGAGCACAACCAGCAGCCUAUGACAUACCCCCCGCCGCACAGGCCAUCCGCACAUCGACAGAAUUCUGGGAACUCACCUAUUUCUUCAGCGAUUCAGCGGGUAGUAAGUGAGAGCCGAGCUCAUCGUCCAAGUGCAAUCAGCAACAAGACAGCCCCCGGUCGACAGGAGCUUCAGGAUCGCAGCCCUACCAAAAUACGACACAGUCUCCCGGUUACAUCGAAGCUGGCAGAACGCGCGAGUGCCCAGGAGGAACGCGACCGAGCCGCCCAAGAUGUUGCCUUUGAAAGGGACUAUGUAGUAGUUGAGAAGAAAGCGGUGGAAGUAAACGCAUUUGCUGAUGAAUUAGCAAAUAGUCCACGUAUUCAAGGUGGUUUUUCUCGACAAGCCGGUGGUGUGUCUCGACGUGCGACUACGCUGGGAUUGCCGACAGUUUCGUCUGGGAAUUCCAAGGCCAUGCAGGUUGUUUCCACUCGGUCGCGAGCAGACUCAACGGCACAUCGGCCACAUUCAUAUGAGCGACGAUAUGGACAAAGCCCGACGUCUGCGACAUCGGCAAUUUCCAAAGCGCUAAAUAUGGCCAGUGGUCGUCUGUUUGGAUUCUCCCCACCAUUAGCGGGUCUGACCAAGGGUGGACGGUCGCCACCGUUGGCCUACAACCCUUACCCGGCAUAUCAUGCUCCUAACGCAAGCUUGUUGCUUAUUGGUGAUGGUACUAAGGGCUGCCCAGGCGAUGAAGAUUAUCGGGCAGUCCAAUUUAUUGAAGAGUGUGCUACUCGCAGUGACGUUGUCUACGGAUUUGCCGAAGUCAAAUACAAACAGCUUAUCCCAUUGGCACCUUCAGCGCAACUCGAUCCAUCGACGAGGGCCAAUGUAUCAGGCGACGCUGAUCCCGAGGCAAUUGAUGAUGGGCUGACUAUCGACGUUACCGUCAUCUUGUCGGAGGAAGCAUUGGUUCUGUACGUGAAAGCCUUAGCUCUAUGUGCCAAGUCGAUGGAUAUCGCAGGAGCCUGGUGGUCGCGAAAGUAUGGAGAUGAUCCCUAUAGUGACUCUCCAACAAGAAGCGAUAGCUAUGCCGGUACCAGAGUCAAUCAAAUUGUACAGUGGGUGCGAAGUCGAUUCAACGAGGUUUUGGAGAAGGCGGAGUUUGUGCGCAUGAAGCUCCUUGAGAGUCAAAAGCGACUGCCACCUGAUCACCCGAGCCACCCUGACAAUAGAUCCGUCUUCUCUAACAUUGCGACCUUUGGCUCGACCGAUGUCAUCGUCUCUCCCGGCGUUACGGCUGAGAGGUUAAUGUACGAUCGCGCACUCGAAAUGACUCGAUCUGCGGCCAUCAAUGAGUUGACUAGUGAAGAUCUUACCGGAUGCGAGAUGACUUACAUCACUGCCAUUCGCAUGUUGGAAGCAGUCCUUGAGGAUGAUGGGUCGCGAUCCUCCCAGACAAGUUCAAGAACGGUGCCCGGCGACAGAGUAUCGAUGGAAACCCUAAUUGGACAGGACCGGGAGGUUAUCACGAAGAUGCUCUCCACUACGCGUGCCCGUGUCUCCUCUCUUCGAAAGAAACUGAAUAUUUUGUCGAAACGAACAUCAGCACCCACGCCUACAACAGCUAGUGGUCGAUUACCACCGUCUAACUUAGUCACUGGUGUCACACCACCUCGUUGA